GGCCGGGCUACUGGACAGGCUCUGUUCGCCGGUCGGUAGAUUGGGCUGCGCCACGUGAGUAAGCGGGUUUUGUCCUGACAUCACGGGAGGGCAGUGACGUCAUUUCUACGAGGGUUCCUAAAAUUUUGACGUCGUUAAGAUGCCCAAGAAGCAGGAUUUAGAAGACGAGGAGGAGAAGGGGAAGGAGACCGAUAAGGUCGUGAAGAAAGGAAAGAAAGACAAGAAGGGAAAGAAAUCGUUUUUCGAGGAGUUGUCAGCAGAUAAUAAACAGGCACAAGAGGAAGAAGCUGCCAAGGAGCGAGAGAAGGAACAGCAGCUACAGCAGCUGCAGCAGCAAAAGAAGAAAGAGAAAAAGAAGAAGGACCGGUGGAAACAGAAGGGAGGUGAUGAUGAUGAGGAGGACGAAGAGCGGGAGAUCGCCGAGAAGCUGAAGAAACUGUCAGUGCAGCCCAGUGAUGAAGAGGAAGAUCCAGAGCCUGCCCCCCGACAUGGUAAAAAACAACCCUCAGGGAGAAAUAUUUUUGCGGCCCUUGGUGAUGAGGACAGUGAAGAGGAGGAGGAGGAUGAAGAGGAGGAGGAGCAGACGACAAAGAAAAAUAAAGGCAAGAAAGUAAAGGAAGAAGAGAAAAAAACAAAUAAAAAGGGAAAGAAAAACGAAACCAGCAAGCAGAAGCCACCCAGCGAAGAAAGUGAGGAGGAACUGCCGAAGGAGAAAUCUAAAGGCAAAAAACCUCCGCCCAAAGCUCCUGAACUCAGCGACGAAGAAGAGAAGAAACCGAAUAAAAAAGGAAAGAAAAAUGAAACCAGCAAGCAGAAGCCACCCAGCGAAGAAAGUAAGGAGGGACUGCCGAAGGAGACAUCUAAAGGCAAAAAACCCCCGCCCAAGGCUCCUGAACUCAGCGACGAAGAAGAGAAGAAACCGAAUAAAAAAGGAAAGAAAAAUGAAACCAGAAAGCAGAAGCCGCCCAGUGUAGAAAGUGAGGAGGAACUGCCGAAGGAGAAAUCAAAAGGCAAAAAGCCUCCGCCCAAAGCUCCGGAUCUCAGCGAUGAAGAGGAGAAGAAACCGAAGAAGGGCAAUAAGAAGCCAAAACCACCCCAGAAUCGUUUUGUUGCACUGGAGGAUGACGACUAUGAUAUGGGAAGUGCUGGAUCUGAAGACAAGUCGGCUGAUGAGGAAGGUGACGGAGAAGAAAAGCCUGCAGCGCCCGAGGAUCCUUUUGCCAACCUAAGUAAGAAGGAGAAGAAGAAAAUUAAGAAACAGAUGGAUUAUGAGAAACAGGUGGCCACCAUGAAGAAGGCAACAGCGGCAGAAGAUGACUUCUCUGUGUCACAAGCGGAGCUCUCGUCUCGUCAGGCCAUGCUGGAGAACGCCUCUGAUAUCAAGCUGGAGAAAUUCAGUAUUUCCGCCCACGGCAAAGAAUUGUUUGUUAACGCAGACCUGUAUGUGGUGGCGGGCCGUCGCUAUGGUUUAGUGGGGCCGAACGGGAAAGGGAAGACCACCCUCCUAAAACACAUUGCCAACCGGGCCCUGAACAUUCCCCCAAACAUUGACGUGUUGCUUUGUGAACAAGAGGUUGUGGCCGACGAAACCCCGGCCGUCCAGGCGGUUCUCAAAGCCGAUACGAAACGUCUCAAGUUGCUGGAACAGGAGAAGAAGCUGCAGGCCAGGCUGGAGAAGGGAGAUGACAGUGCAGCUGAGCGGCUGGAGAAGGUCUAUGAAGAGUUGCGAGCCACUGGGGCCGCCUCUGCUGAAGCCAAAGCUCGUAGGAUCUUGGCUGGUUUGAGUUUUACCCCAGAGAUGCAGGAUCGGGAGACCAAGAGAUUCAGUGGAGGCUGGAGGAUGAGAGUGUCACUCGCCAGGGCUCUCUUCAUGGAACCGACGCUCCUCAUGUUGGAUGAACCAACAAAUCACUUGGAUCUCAAUGCCGUCAUCUGGCUGAACAAUUACCUCCAGGGCUGGAAGAAAACCCUCCUCAUAGUCUCCCACGACCAGGGUUUUUUGGAUGAUGUGUGUACGGACAUAAUGCACCUGGACGGACAGAAGCUGUAUUAUUACCGGGGAAAUUACAUGACUUUUAAGAAGAUGUAUAAGCAGAAACAGAAGGAGAUGCAGAAACAGUAUGACAAGCAGGAGAAGAAACUAAAGGACUUAAAAGCAGGAGGGAAAUCUGCCAAGCAGGCGGAGAAGCAGACAAAAGAAGCCUUAACGAGAAAGCAGCAAAAAUGUCGGAAGAAGAACGCAGACGAGGAGAGCAACGAAGCAGCCGAGUUACUAAAGAGGCCAAAGGAAUACACUGUGAAGUUCACCUUCCCGAACCCCCCACCGCUCAGCCCCCCCAUUCUGGGUCUACAUGGGGUUGAUUUUGGAUAUUCUGGACAGAAGUUCCUGUUUAAGAACCUGGACUUCGGCAUAGACAUGGACUCCAGAGUCUGUAUCGUUGGCCCGAAUGGUGUGGGGAAGAGUACUCUGCUCCUGCUGCUGACUGGUAAACUGACCCCUACCAAAGGAGAAAUGAGGAAAAAUCACCGACUGAAAAUUGGCUUCUUUAACCAGCAAUAUGCCGACCAGCUGAACAUGGAGGAGACGGCGACCGAGUACCUGCAGCGAAACUUCAACCUGCCGUAUCAGGAUGCCAGGAAGUGCUUGGGGAGGUUCGGCCUGGAGAGUCACGCGCACACCAUUCAGAUCUGCAAACUUUCAGGGGGGCAGAAGGCUAGAGUCGUCUUCGCCGAGUUAUGUUGUCGGGAACCCGAUGUCCUCAUUUUGGAUGAACCCACAAAUAACUUGGAUAUCGAAUCCAUCGAUGCUCUGGCUGAAGCAGUGAAUGAAUAUAAAGGAGCGGUGAUCAAUGUCAGCCACGAUGCUCGCCUCAUCACAGAGACAAACUGCCAGCUGUGGGUGGUAGAGGAUCAGACUGUCAACCAGAUUGAAGGCGACUUUGACGACUACAAGAGGGAAGUCUUGGAGAGCCUGGGUGAGGUCAUGGUCAACAAACCCAAAGAGAAGGAGUGACCGGUCACCUCCAGCGUGCCAUAACCAUCCGCCCACCUAUGGACCCCACUGUGGAGGAGAGAUGACGGCAGGGGGGGCCCCACGUGGAGGAGAGAUGACGGCAGGGGAGCCCCUGCCGCUUUUUAAAUCUCAUUUUGCUGCCUUGUUAUGCAGAGAAGACAAAUAAAUAUUUAUAUAUUG